UAAUUCCAGGAAACUCACAUUACAACUCAGCAGAUCUCGGCUGCCCUCGCUCCUUCUCUGCCCCCGUUUCCCAAACAACAACUUCCCUUCCCCGGAGCCGGAGAGGAGCCCCUCCGCCGGCCGGGGCCGUGGGGUGGCGGGCAGGAAAAGAAGAGCGGCCCACCCAGGACCGGGAGGAGCCGGGGACGGGGAGGAGAGAAGGGGUCUCCAGCCCAGAGGGCCACCUGAGGCGGAAAUGUCCACAGACGGCUUAUCAAGCAAAGCCCUGAAGAUCAAGCGGGAGCUGGGCGAGAACACCCCGCACCUGUCGGACGAGGAGCUGAUGGGGCUGUCGGUCCGCGAGCUGAACCAUCACCUGCGCGGGCUGUCCAAGGAGGAGGUGGCCCGGCUGAAGCAGCGGCGCCGCACGCUUAAGAACCGCGGCUACGCCGCCAGCUGCCGCGUCAAGCGCGUGUGCCAGAAGGAGGAGCUGCAGAAGCAGAAGACGGAGCUGGAGCGCGAGGUGGACAAGCUGGCCCGCGAGAACGCUGCCAUGCGGCUGGAGCUGGACGCCCUGCGAGGCAAGUACGAGGCCCUGCAGGGCUUCGCCCGCUCCGUGGCCGCCCACGGCCCCGCCACCAAGGUGGCCCCGGCUAGCGUCAUCACCAUCGUCAAGUCCGCCAACCCGGCCGCCUGCUCCUAGUCCCGCCCCUCUGGCCUCCUGUCCCCUCCUCUGCCCCCCACCCGGUCCUCUCUCUCCCCCCACCACCUCCGCUGCCCUCACCCCCCACAGACUGUGAGCCCAGCCCAGUCCACUCCCCCGACCAUCACCACACCAGUUGUUUUGGGGUUGGGGCCUUCCGGUCCCUCCCCAUCCACAGAAAUGGAGAGGUUAGUGACCGCACCUCCUCCUCCCAUCCCGCCCCACUUCUGAAAGCAGAUGUUGGUCCCCGCCUCCCUCCUCUCCCUCCAGCGUAUUUAUGAAGAUGGUUUAGCCCUGGGGUGGAGGUGGGGAAAAGAUCCACUUCUGUCAUCCGCUGGGGGUGGGCCCUUGAAACCGGUGGGGAUGAGGGGUCCGAGUACCCCGGUCCCCGUUCCGCCCCUCUCUCCCCACGCCAUACCCGCCGCGGGGAAGGAGGCUAAGGCCCGGUCGACGGUCAGACUGGGGAUGACCGGUCCCCGUCCACGCCCCUUCCGUGUCCUCGGUCCCCAGGGGAGAGAGAGCGGCUCGGUGGCCCUGGAAAUCCAGGCUUCGGGCCCAGGCCGUACCCUCGGCCGGCCCAACACCGCUCUCAGACUCAGUUCCCCUGGGUUCCCCUGGAGAGAGGGUGGAGAUUGGAGACAGAGAAGGAGCGAGGGACCUCCAGCCAAAGAGGGGAGUGGGGCCAGAUGAGAGGGAAGAGACUCCUAUGAUCAGCCCUCCCCCUGCCACCCCCACAGGGCCAGAGACAGCCAAAGGCCAGACCAAGCCCAGGGCUCCACAGCCAACUGGGGAUGGUGACCCUCUUGCAGACCCCUUCCCUCUGCUCCUUGGCCACAGGAGUGGAGGGGAGGUGGUUACGGGACAGAAGGGAGAGCUUCAGAGGGAACCCAUCGAAGGCAGCAGGACCGGAGCUGGUGGGGAAAGAGGAGAGAUGAGAGGGGAGAACUCCCCCCCCCCCCCCCGCCUGAUACAGCUCAGCUUGGGGAGAGGGACGGGCCGACUCUGCCCCUGGCCCGGAGACCUAGGCCAGAAAGAAGGGGGAAGUCGCUGGCUGGGGUGGGGGGCGGUGUCGAGAAGUGCCGCAGCAGAGGGUGGGAGUGAGGGGGCGGGUGAGGAGGGGCAGUGAGGCUCCCCCUGUUCUAGCUUCCAGUCUAGGGAGGGUGGGUGAAGGCUCUGUAGAGGGAAAGUGGUCCCUUCUCAGGAUGCCACUGCAAGGCAGACCAGGCAUCCACUGUUGCCAAUCCCACUUCCCUUCCCUUCCUGUUCCUCCUGCUCCCACCCCCCUCCACACACCUGGGAGGGAGGGGCCGGACAAGGCAACAUCUCUUUCACCUGCCUCUCUCCCUACCAUCUUCCUCUUUUUAUUUAUUGCACGGAAUAAAUUAUUCUCCACAGCCACCAACGCCCCCUCCCAGCCCCAGCCCCGCCCCCAGUAACCUGACCGGUGAGCGGCCCCGAGCUGGACUUUAUAUUUUAUAUCUGCAAAUCACAUUUUAUCUUAUAUGUAUGGAAAGCCAAAAGAAAAAGCCAAAAAAAAAAAAUAGAUCCCAGAUCUUAUUUAUUUUCUGACUUACAGUAAGCGCCUGCUCGCCUCCUGUAUUUUGUAGACUUUCUGAAUAAAGCAAGUUCUCUUUUCCAUGG